AUGUCUGCGAAGAGAAGGUCAUCCGGCAAAUUUGCGCCGCCGGUCGUCAAGUCCGCGAUCCGAGCCCCCAAGACGACAAUUGACGAGAGCAGAGCUGCCGUCUCCGCGACAGAUUCCCUGCAAGCCGCUGUCAAGGCCGACGCCGCCGCCGAAGCAAUCACAAUCUCUUCCGACGAGGACAGCGAGGACGAUGUCUCCGACCAGGAGAUGGAGUCGCCCGACGCCGAGACGAAUGAACCCGUGAACGGCAAGGAGGACGCCGCCGAGAACCAAACACAACAAAAGCCCGACGCCGAAGGAGGCGCCGCAGAAUCUGACGACGAGGCCGGGUCGCCCACCUUUGGAGAGCUGCUGCGCGGCACAAUCGACGUUCCCGCCAUCCUAUCCCAACAAGGCGACGCCACCUCCAAGGCCGUCUCCGCCCCCGUCUCAAGAAAGAACCUCGCCGUCCCCUCUUCGCUAUCCUCUCUCAGCACCGUCCUCACCCAGGCCCUCAAGACCGAAGACACAGACCUCCUCGAGUCCUGCCUGCAAAACACCAACCUCGAGACCAUCCGCCAGACCAUCGAGCGCCUCGACAGCAGCCUGGCCGGCGUUCUCCUCACCAAGCUCGCCGCCCGCUUCCACAGGAGACCUGGUCGCGCCGGCAGCCUCAUGAUCUGGGUGAAGUGGACUCUCGUCGCCCACGGUGGUGCACUGGCCAUCCAGCCCAAGGUCCUCGACCGCUUGGUUGCGCUGCAGAAGGUGCUUAACGAGCGCUCUCGCGGCCUGCCGAGCCUGCUGGCGCUCAAGGGCAAGCUCGACAUGCUGGAGGCUCAGAUGUACAUGCGCAAGGCGAGACCGCGCAGACGCGGCGCGAACCAAGUCGAAGACGUCGACGACGAAGACGAGGAUGACGAGGAGGAGGAUGCCAUCUACGUCGAGGGUGACGAAGGAGCCAAUGUCGGCUUGAUCAACGGCGUUGGCGCGGGUAACGAAGACGACGACGAGGUCCCCACGACGAAUGGCUUCAUCGGCGACUCUGACGAUGACGACGAGGAGGAGGAGGCCGAUGUGGAGGAUGACAUGAGCGAGGUCGAGGAGGCGGACGAGGAUGAGGAUGUCGACUACGACGAUGUUGAGGACUCCGAGGACGACGACGACAGCGAUGCGGAGGCCGCGCCGCCGGCCAAGGUUCAGAAAACUGCUUCUUCUUUCGCGAAGAGAAAAUAA